UGUGCUGCUAGCCAUGUGCAAAAAGUAGAUGCAAAAGAAAAAACACCAUGCCCUCAUCAUGUCAAUUCUUUCUAUCUAAUCUUCACUUUUCUGGCUUCUAUUAUUUUUGUGAUUAAAGUACAGAUACAGCUCUAAAGCCUUCAAUACUCUGCAGAUCUUCCGACUUAGUUCUAUCUAACAUGUGCUUUUCCUCUAAUUAAGAUGUAUUAGUUUCUCCUGUGAAGCUUAGUGUGGUUAGUAUAAUUGAGUGAAAAUGUCAGUACAAUUAUCGACUUUUUCCUGAAGCAUAUAUGUUAACCUCAGCUCCUCUGGAUGGUUUCCAACAGAAUUGGCAACAGUCUCUUUUGAGCAUCUUCUUCUUUGGGUUUCCUCAGUUGAGAUGGGUAUCAAUGGAGGUUUGGUCAGGAGUGUCUUUUCAAGAAAUAGGUCUUUGGGAACUCAUGAGAGCAAUGUAAGGAGCAAUAUGACAGAAAGGAGAAGAUGGAGCUCUGUUAGAUCAUACUUAUGUGGGGAUGAAUAUAAUUCAGUCCUUGCAGAAAAUGAUUCAUCUUCAGUUAAGAGCUCUGUGGUUACUCCCACUCCCACACAGCUCAAUUCAGUCCUUGUAGAGGACGAUUCUUCUUCGGUUAAGAGCUCUGAGGCUACCGUUACACAACCGAUGCCAGAAGACUUAACAGACAAGGAUGGCAACAAAAGAGAAGUAACUAAGGAAGAUAUGGAAAUGGCAAAGAAGGAAUUUUCGGUCUCGAAAACUAUGUCUGAAGAGCAAGCAGCAACCAUCAUCCAGUUAGCAUUUAGAGGCUUUCUGACUAGGUGUCAAAAUGAAGGAAUUAAAUCGAAGUAUGGUAAGCAGGAGCUUAUUGUAGGACCAGAAAGUCUAAGUAUGGAGUCUCUGGGCACAUCAGUUGAAGUUCAAACGGGAAAUUCUGUGGAUGUCUACUCAAUUCAAGAAGAAAAUGUGGCUGCUCACCGCCGGAUGCAACAGAAAGCUAGAACUCAGGAACUAAAGCUGAAGGAAGAAUGGGAUGAUAGCACGGUGAGUAGCAACAUAUCAAAAAUGAGGAUUCAGAACAGACUGGAAGCAACGACCAGGCGUGAGAGAGCACUGGCUUAUGCCUUUUCACAACAGCUAAGGAUCUGUUCAAAGAAAAGACACACCACAUCUGAUGGCACAGAACAGAACAUGGGAUGGAGCUGGCUGGAACGGUGGAUGGCAACCCGCCCUCCUGAAAUCUCCUCAGUCGAAAGUCAUAUGAGCAAUCAUGUUGAGCCAAUUAACAGCAACCAAAGAUUUAUUAUCGGAAAGAAAUUGUUCGACGGGGCAGGUGAAGAAAAAGAGAGCUGCGGAUCUAAUGAAGUGAAUGUCCUAUUUGAUAACUUCCCAGUAACAACAGCAGAAGAGAAAGAUGGCUAUAGUCCAACUCAAAACAGGUUUAAGGCUACAAGAAGCGUAUCAAGGCGAAAAACUGCGCCAAGCUAUGAGUGUGGGAAAGAAUAUCCCAAGGUAAGCAAGAAGGAUUGUUCAAGGGAGGCUGAAAAAGAUAAAGAGCACAACCCGAAGAACACAGGAAGAAUCAAGUACAAAAAUGCUUCAUUUUAAGGAUUAUAAAUUUCCGAUUAUAAUCUUAAUCUGCCCCUGUUAAAGUAAAUAAGGCUAUUUCUUACUGCUUACCAUGCACCUUGUAUGAGGAUUCAAAUGGUGUUAUUGAUUUCCCAUGUAGAUGUUAACGAACAAAUCUCCAUCUUAUUUAGUUUAGAAGUGGAACCUAAGCUAGAAUUCCCAAAAAUCCAUGCUUGUAAAGGAGUUGAUUUAUGAAUAUAUAAGUUGAUGCUUGGUAUCUCAUGGGCAA